UUAGGAACUGUGACGCUUGUGAGGGCUGCCUCUCUGAUCAUACCACAAAAUGUCUGACAAACCAGAUAUGGCUGAGAUUGAGAAAUUUGAUAAGACCAAGCUGAAGAAGACAGAAACACAAGAAAAGAACCCACUCCCAUCAAAAGAAACGAUUGAGCAAGAGAAAGCAACUUCAUAAUGAUCCCCCAUCACCCAGAUAUGCACUGUACAUUCCACAAGCAUUGCCUUCUUAUUUUACUUUUAGCUGUUUAACUUUGUAAGAAAUAACUCAAAAUACAAAGAAUUUGGAGAACAUGUUCUGUGCUGCCCUGUUACACCAAAAGAAAGGAAUAAGAACUACUGAACACGGAAUGAAGGCGCUGCCUUUCCAUCUGCCUGUCUGGCUGGCUUUGGUUCUGGUGGCAUUGAAAGAUCUUUCUUGAUUAUUUAAGGAGAACCAGUGUGGAAAUAACAGAACUAAAGUAACAUGCUCUGAUGUGGGUGGGAUGAAAGCUGCACCAAGGUCCAGCGAGCUGUAAAAUACGGUCAAAUCGAGUGCCAUUUUAUUUGUUCAAAAUUAAUUGAAUUAUUGGAAUGCACAAAUUUUUUUUAAUAUGCAAAUAAAAAUGAUAAAACAUUA